AUGCACGGUGCUGUUCUCCUCGCCCUUGCGGCGGCCGCGUCUGCUCUUCCAGCAACUCUCAACAAGCGAGUCGAUUCCCAGCUCGAGCGCCGCGAUGAUGCCACCGAGUCGAACCUCUUCGUCUGCCCCGGCAAUGCGCCAUAUGGUGGCUGCUCUUUGAACGGGAACCCAUACUACGUCAACGAGGCCAAGACUGGUACCGUGGUCGAUGACCUGCUCGGUAUCUGGGAGUGCCCGACCACCUAUGGCCUUUCGAACAUCACUGCGCUGUGCUGCAGUGACCUCUCUCACGACGGCGACUACGACUACUCCACCUGGUGCGACACCCCACGCACCACCUCCCUCUCCACCUCCGUCCUCCUUGGCGGCGCCAACUCCCCCAAAGCCACUGGCCCCAAGCCCGACACCGUGAAGACCGACAGCGCGCUCGAACAGCUCCUCGACGAGCUCGAAGACGCACUGAAAGAGCUGGAUCUGGAGAAGGCCGAAGCCGAGCUCGAAGCCGCCACCAAGGACUUCGAUGUUUCGAUUCUGGAGUCUACUCUCGACGAGCUCACCAAGGAGUUGUCGGCCGAGGAGCUCGAGGCUGACCUCAAGAAGGUUACGGAUGCGCUCUAG